AUGUCUGCCCCAUUCCAAACUGCUGCCUACACCAUGCCCAUGGCUGUCCCUUCCAAGAGCACCCAACACCCCGCCUACAGCCAGUACUCCUCCUCUCCACCAGAAUGCGAUGACACCAUGAGCUCCGCCUCCGGUGUUCCCUCUGGAUAUUCCGCCACCUCUGCUGGUUACAUUGGUAGCUCUAGCGGCGACUACGAAAGCACCGGCUCGGCUAGCGGCGUUGACUUCCAGGAGUACAUGCAAGAACGCUUCUCUAACUCGUUCGACCCCAUUCCGCUGGAUCGGAGCAUGGCCGUUCAAGCGCAGACUUCCGGUAAACUCAACGCCAAGCACCGCGAACUGCUGGAGCUUCAGAAGCAGGCCCAGGCCCGCCUCGCGCGGACGCGUGAACGAUUCUCGGAAGGCAUGCGGGACGCGCGGGAGGUCCGCAACGACCUGGAGUGGACUCAGAAGAAAGUCUCAUCUCUGAACGCAAAGGCCGCGCGAAAGCACCCCAAGGAGCACGCAAAGGCCCGCCAGCGCUUUCCCUCCCCCGAAUACAACUGA